GCUUGGAUGAAUUUUCGACCACUAACCAUACAGGUGCGCUCAAGCAUUGGCGUUUAAUUGUUUGAGGCUUGAAAAUGUGACGUCAGCUGGACUCGUCCCCGCGGACGGUGGCUUCUCACGUUUCACGUCGAGGCACUCGUGCACGGUGGAGCAACAAAACUGGCGAAGCAGACAAGCGACACUGAAGAAGCGACGUCUCCUGUUUUUUUCUCCUCCGAUCAGUAUUGGAUGGUUGUUGCGGCGCGCGGUUGUAGAAAACCGUUUUCACGCACAACCAAUUUAAAGCAUCACGUUUUUGGAUUAUUUUUCGUUUUUUCACUCGUUUUUUUAAACCGUGUCCAGGGAAAUGUAGCGUCUGCCUCGCAGAUGUGAGGCACCACAUCUGCAGCCUACAGCAAGUCCCCCCUCCCCUUGUUUACCUGCUCUUGAGGAGGAGGAGGAGCUGCUGCAGCCCCAUCAACAUCUGCCACCUUGGACCCCGGAGGCUUCUGCUUGGUUGAUGUAGGAGAAAACGGCAAGUCAUAAACGGCCUGCUCCAAGAAGUAGCUGAGGACUAUGACUUUUGCAAGGCUCCUUGCAUGAAAACAGACCACUGAAGUUGCUGGGCUAAGCUGGUUCCAGUGUCGUGCUGAUGACAAGGUCCGGGGAGAUAUUUGACUGACAGGUGGAUCUCUGUCUAGCCUGCAAAGGACAAUGGCUCGCCCUGGUCCGGGCUUGCUGCUACCUGCCAAUGGUCUGGGCUACCCGCCACAAAACCUGGCAAGAGUGGUGGUCUGGGAGUGGAUGAAUGAACAUGGGCGCUGGAGGCCCUACAGUGCAGCAGUGUGCCACCAUAUUGAGAACAUCCUAAAGGGGGACGCCCGAGGAACUGUAGUCCUGGGACAGGUUGAUGGCCAACUAUCUCCUUACGUCAUAGACCUGCAGUCAAUGCAUCAGUUUCGACAGGACACUGGCACCAUGAGACCCGUGCAGAGGAACUUCUAUGAACCGUCCUCUGCACCGGGCAAAGGCGUGGUGUGGGAGUGGGAGAACGACAACAGUACUUGGACCCCAUAUGAUAUGGAAAUCUGUGUGACCAUUCAGAAUGCCUAUGAGAAGCAGCACCCCUGGCUGGAUUUGACCUCUCUAGGCUUUAGUUACCUCAUUGACUUCAACAGCAUGUCUCAAACUAACAAGCAGAGCCAGCGCAAACGCCGCCUUCGGAGGCGUAUGGAUCUUGCUUAUCCACUCAUCAUGGGUUCCAUCCCCAAGUCUCAGUCUUGGCCUGUGGGGGCCAGUUCUGGCCAGCCCUGUUCCUGCCAGCAAUGUAUUCUGGUAAACAGUACAAGAGCAGCAUCAAAUGCCAUUCUUGCCUCUCAGCGACGGAAGCUCCACGGAGUGGCGGCAGGCAAUACCAGUGCGGCGGGAACGCUGACGGCUGUGCGCCAGAGCAACACCUUUGCUGGAACCUCUCUUUGGUCUCCAACGUCAUCCACGACUAAUAAUAUGAGUACAGGAGGCGGGCAAGCCAAAGGUGAACAGGUGCAGGUGCCUUUGUCCCCAGCCAACUUUCCUGUGAUGUCAUCUCAUGGCCACAAUACCCUCGCCAUCAAUGGUCAGAACAACCUGAACAGACCUGGCACUCAACGAAUCUCCAUGGCUACUCCUAGAGGAACUAUCCCUCCAGGGGUUCCUGCUCUCCCAGUCAAAAACCUAACUGGAUCUGGACCAGUACAUCCAGCAUUAGCAGGUAUGACCGGUAUCCUGAUGUGCGCUGUAGGUCUGCCUGUUUGCCUGACCCGAGCACCAAAGCCCAUUCUUCACCCGCCGCACAUCAGUAAGAGUGAUAUGAAGCCUGUGCCGGGAGUCAAUGGUAUGCGACGCAAGACCAAGAAAAAGCACCUGAGGAAAGGAAAAACCCCAGAGGAUGUUGUUAAAAGAUACACAGACAAAAUUAAAGUGGCACCAGAUGAGGACUGUACCAUCUGCAUGGAAAGGCUGGCGAUGGCAUCCGGCUAUGAAGGCGUCCUGCAGUACAAAGGCAUCAAGCCAGAGUUGGUGGGCAAACUUGGCAAGUGCGGCCAUAUGUACCAUCUGCUGUGCCUGGUGGCCAUGUACAACAAUGGCAAUAAGGAUGGCAGUCUUCAGUGCCCAACAUGCAAGACAAUCUAUGGUGAGAAAACAGGGACUCAGCCUCCAGGGAAGAUGGAGUACCACGUCAUCCCCCACUGUCUGCCCGGCUACCCGGACUCCAAGACCAUUCGCAUUGUCUACGACAUUCCUGCUGGUGUCCAGACCAAUGAGCACCCCAACCCUGGGAAGAAAUUUAGUGCAAGAGGUUUCCCUCGGCAAUGUUACCUGCCAGACAACGAGAAGGGCAGGAAGGUUCUCAAGCUGUUGAUCACAGCCUGGGACCGACGGCUCAUCUUUACCAUCGGCACUUCCAGCACCACAGGUGAGUCUGACACGGUGGUUUGGAACGAGAUCCACCACAAGACAGAAUUUGGCUCCAACCUGACUGGCCAUGGCUACCCUGAUCCAAACUAUUUGGACAACGUCCUGGCUGAACUAUCAGCUCAGGGAGUCGGUGAGGACAACUUAAAGGACUGAGAGCCUCUGGGAACACAACCCAUCAUAUUCUGUUGUCUCCUUGGAAACUGAUGAAGUGGUAUUGAGGUAAAAUCAAACAAAAUGAUUGUUGUGACCUUAUGGAGGUUUUCUUUUUAUCAUCUUUUGCAUCAUGCCUGGAGCAUGUAUGCAUCCUCAGAUCCUCGAGGCACAUGCGCCGUGUCUGUUGCUGCCAGCAAAUGUAUCACUGACCCCUUUUCGAGUCAAAACGCAGCAUCUGCACUUGUAGCGUGACAAGAUGGUGUGACGAGGCCUGAUUGCAUGGCCUGACCAACGCUGCAUAAUGAAUGUUGAGUCAAUUGCUGCAAUAAGUUGAGGUGCCAAUGAAGCUUUUCUCACAUGAUAAGACAUUAAAAAAUACAUAAGGUUUUUUUUGUUUUCUUUCUCACUAAUAAAACAUGGUGACUUUUCUGUGAUUUUAAAGAAGAUAAGGCUUGAUUUUGUGCCCCAUUAUUGAGGCAAGGGCUAAAGAAUGUUUUGUAGUACAUUAAAGUGAUCCAAAAGUUAUGAAAUAUUUGCUAAUAGGUGUAUUUUACAUUGUUAACCUUGUGUAAGCUGUAGGAACGUACCAUUCCAAGGUUAAACUCAUUAGCUUUGGUAACACUUGACACGUAGAUAAUGUUGGCCUUUGCGAACCUAAAGGCCCAUGCUAGCUAGUAUUGUCUCAAUAUGAGAAAAUCUGGCUCUAGGUCUAUCCAUCAUGCUGGCAUGCAUGAGGGUGUGAGUGUGACAGCAUGCAUUGAGGUCAUAAGGUUCGGGCAUUUUCCCUAGGAGAUCCAUCUUGUAACUUUCAACUCUCCUGUGAGCUUAUUUGCUUUCCUUCUGGAGGGAGAAGUGGGACAUGUUUCCUACUUGGUUCAUGUCCUCUUAAUUAGCAACACAUCCUUCCAGGAAACAUGCAAAUGAUGUUUUGUCGCAGCGGCAGAUUUAUCAGGAAGAACUAUAGGAAUUAUUUCUUCCCUGUAAAUUGUACUCGUUCCCUCUUAAGAUGGUAUGCCCAACAGCUCUUUUAGAAGAUCGUUGGCAGGGGAUCUUCUUGUCGGUGGUGUUUUUUUUUCACUUGCAGAUGAAAGCUAGGUCAUCAUAGACUUUUCACAAAAGCAUCUGAUCAAAUUUAAUGAGCUGAGAUAUUGGUGCAAAGUUGUUGUGGGCCUCAUUUCGAAGCAAAUCACAGUCUUCCAUAGCAGUUUGAGGCAGCAGCUCUGCUUCAUAGUUUGAUUAUAAACAAAAAGAUUUAAUUUUUAAAUCAUCUUACAGUACUUUAGAAAAAAUAUUAACUAAGGUUAUAUAUACUCAAUUUGAGUGUUUAUUUUUUUAUACCUUAAGACAUUCACUUACCCCAUAAACAGCUAUACAAAACCAGAUGUCAACAUGAUAAAUACAUAAAAUCUGACAAUUCUGUCAGUUCGUCAGGGACUGUUUAAAUAUGUAUAACAUGUUAAUGGAAGUCAAAUACAGUAUACUAGGUAGUGUUAGUGUUUGCUACUGUCCGUACUAUCAUGUAGAUUGUCUGUAGUUGACUUAAAUAAUUAUAGUCAAUGUAUCUCCAUAACUAGCGGGGGAGAUUGCACAGCAUGAGCAAUGUCAUUCUCCCCAAAAGGCUUGUUUCUACAGUUGAGUCGACUUUUUAGUUCAACUUUGGUCAAAUGCAAACUGCAGCUAUUUUAUUGUUCAAUGAAUAAACAGGAGCCAGAGAUUAGUGGAAUCCCUUUUUCCCCUUUGAAGUCCCUGAAAAUGUAUUUUUGUAAGCUGUAUACAGUAUGUAAUGUUUCCAACUAUUGAGUCGCGUGAUAGAGAAUAUGCUAAUGAAUGCCUGUACAUGCUGGCUCGGUAGAAGCACAGCGGCGUGAGAUCGCUGGAGCGGCAGAAUGGCAGCUGCUUCUGCUCCAUCCAAAAUCAAUACAGCCUGUUGCCAGUCAGGCAGAAUGGAGAAAUGAAAGGUGUUUCAGUGACUAUUAUGUUUACUAACAUGGCAUUAGAGUGGCUGGAGGUCACUUUGAAAGUCAGUAAGCCUUUUCAGUGCCGUUGCCGAUGACUGACAUCCUGUCGUUGGGCUCUUUUCAUAGCUUGUCACUAGUAGACGUCCAAUCCAUUUGAACUGGAAGGGUUGGCAACAAAUGAACAUUGUUUCAUUCACUGUCAGCCCUCCUAGUUUAAAAUGAUUGGACAUCUUUUGCUUUCAUUGGCAAGCAAUGAUCAAAUAGUAUUGUUUUCUCGGGCGGUGUUCGUAUGGAAAUCCCAUGCCGCUAUUAAAAUUUAUUUACAUUCUAACUGGUUACUGGAAAGUUGAAGAAAAAAAGUUACCCGUUUUUUUGCACUCUACACUGAGCAGAUGUCAACUAACCAUCAAAUAUUCAGGGAAUAUUUUAUGCUUUGGUUGAUUCUGAUUCGUUUUGAAUCAUCUUCCUAGUUGAUUGCAUCUUUCUAAAUUUGUCUGGACAGGAGGACAAUAUUUUUUCCAUUUUAUCUCCAGUUUCAUUUGACUCUGAUUUUAGUCCAUGCUGUCCUGUCCUGUCCUCGUUCACACUGUUGCAAAAAAAAUUCUGUAGGUCUCCAUGAUUAACCCUAUAUACAGUCAUUUGAAAAAAUUAGGACACCCCAUUAAAUAUUCAGUUCUUUAUUAAGAAAUAUUCACAUAUCAACGUCCAAUCUUGUUUUUCUUUAUCUCUGGAAAAGAAAGUGAUUUAAUAGCAGGUAAAAAAUAAAUAAAUAAAUAAUAACUAUGUUUUACUCAUUAAACCAAAUUUAUCAACAAAAAUGCAUAC